UAGUUCAUUAUUAGUCAUUAAAUCAUAAAGAACACGGGCAGUGCAAUACUCAAAUGAUUUUCUUAUAAUGCAUAUGAAAAAAGGUGCUUUUACGUCUACAAGCACCGGUUAUGGAAGACAUCAACAUAAGCAUAAUAAUAAUAACAAUAGUAACAAAUCUGGUAAUAGUGGUCGACAAGCAAGUUUGAGUAAAAAUCAAAAAAGUAUCAAAUCGGAUAAGCAAGAGGAUAAGCCACCUUUAGAUGAUCUAAAUAACGAUUUGAAUUCAGGCUUCGGCCAAUAUUUGAGAUCCGAUGAAGGUGUGGAAAUGAUGAAAUUAUUUGUCUUCGCCAAUACCGUAUUAUUAAUUGUUACUCAAGCUUGGCCUCAUAUUCAACAACAAUAUAUUUGGUUCAGACAGUGGUGGGAGGAGAGUUUUGCGAAAGAGACAAUUGAGUAAAAAAAAUAAAUAAAUAAAUAACCGAAAAAAC